GUAUCGAGAGAAACGUGACUAAACGUUUACGCAUCCGAAUAAGAGAUUAUCAUUCGGGGUGAAACGUGGUCGAAAAUUAUUUCUAUUUAUUGAACAGACGAAAAAUCACUACUCAAUAAUUAUAGAAAUUAAAUUAUGGAGUUAUACUAUUUUCACAUAUUUAAUUGAUGAAAAAGCUGGCUCGCUUUUCACGAUCGCGUAACUAUUUAUCGCGAGUGUUAGACGAUGUAACAUCCAGGCAACUUCGAUCGCGCGGUCGAGAUUGCAUAAUAAAAAUCUCGAGAAACUUUAGAUCAUUUGCUAGAUGGUUUUCGCGUGCGGAAUCACUUGAAGAAGCCAUGAUUAUCAAUCGUUUCAUUCAUAUACCCUCGCUCUUAGAAACAAGAGGGAUACUUGGACGAGUCCGGUGGUCAUUCAGUUUUUAGUCGCGGCUCAACCACCUCGCCGACAGCAUGCCUCGCUUGUUGUCAUUCGUGCGAACGAGAAGUGUUCAUUGAUAGUUAACGAAAUGUCAACCUGAAACGGGAUCAAGGAAGUGAACCGUUGGUGCAACUCAUCGUGCCGUUUAAUUGUUCGAUUUGAUUCGCCGAUUUUCCUUGCGAGACUGACGGAGCGUCGCGUGCGAACUUUCAAAUUCGGAAAUUACGUGAUCAUCCCGAAGAGAGCACGACUGCCAGUAAAAAUGGCUUGCCCUUUAUCAGACGGUAUCUCGGAUGAUCAAGAAUCUGAUCAAAUGACCGAUAGCCCGGGCAUGCUCUACGGUGAAUACCUUCGAUUGGACAAAAUUUUAACUGCACAAAGACUGUUAAGCGCUGAAUACAACACAGAAGUGCACGAUGAGCAUCUUUUUAUCAUCACUCAUCAGGCAUACGAGCUCUGGUUCAAGCAGAUCAUAUACGAACUGGACUCGGUCAGGCUGCUUUUUAAUUCCGAUCACAGCGGAUAUGACUCUUUGAAUGGCACCUCGAAGAAUCACAGUGGCGUUCAGAAAAACGGGGUCUCGCAGAUUUUGAACGAGUCGAGGACCCUGGAAAUUCUAAAGAGAUUGAACCGCAUCGUUCUCAUCUUAAAACUCCUGGUCGACCAGGUGUCCAUUUUAGAAACCAUGACGCCGUUAGAUUUCAUGGCGUUCAGGGAUUAUCUCUGUCCAGCCUCCGGCUUUCAAUCGCUGCAGUUCCGUUUAUUGGAGAACAAGCUAGGCGUAAAGCAGGAACACAGAGUCAAAUACAAUCAGAGUUACCACAGAGUGUUCGGCAGAGACCCGAAAGCUAUCGAGGCGAUCAAACGCUCGGAGGAUGAGCCCAGCCUCAGUUGUCUAGUUCAAAAAUGGUUAGCGAGGACACCGGGUCUCGAAGCUCACGACUUCGACUUCUGGGGAAAGUACAAACGAUCCGUGGAGAAGCUGCUCGUCGAGCAAGAGCAGCUCGCCUGGAAACACGCUAAGGAACAAUUGCGGAAUUAUCAUUUAGCGAAUGCACGUUCUCGAAAGGCGGUGUUCGAGACUAUAUUCAACGAAUCUCUGCACAACGCGCUCGUGUCGCGCGGUGAAAGAAAAUUCGCGUACGGCGCUCUCCAAGGCGCGGUGAUGAUAACGCUUUAUCGGGACGAACCCAGAUUUAGUCAACCUCAUCAGAUUUUGACCGCGCUAAUGGACAUCGAUUCUCUUAUCACCAAAUGGAGGUAUAAUCAUGUUUUAAUGGUUCAAAGAAUGAUUGGAUCUCAGCAGCUCGGAACCGGAGGCUCUAGCGGUUAUCAAUAUUUAAAAUCCACUCUGAGCGACAGAUAUAAAGUAUUUCUGGAUUUAUUCAAUCUGUCAACAUUUUUGAUACCUCGCCACUUAAUUCCACCGCUGACUAAACAAAUGAAGACCAGAUUAUCCGUCGCGUGGAACGGAUGGAAUCCCGAUGACAAUCAAAAUAAUUCAGAAUGUACAUUGGACGAUACGUAAGCAGCUUGUUACGGAUCGACGAAAUGCUAAUUAGACGUAAUAUAUUUUUUAUAGGGCAUGUAAGGAAAGCUUAGGAAAUAGGUAGAAGCAUAAGUAUAGGUAAUAUAAAUCUUUAUUUUUAUUUGUCGCUUAACACGUAAUAAAACGAGUAAAAGAACAUACAAAUGACCGCAUAUGGUAGAUAAUAAACAUACGAUAUAUAUAUAAUACUAAUGUAAAAAUUGUGUCAAUUGUGUAACAAACAUCGAAAAUACAGUUUAACUAAUGUUGUUGUUAUUAAAAUUA